AAUUGCUAACAACACUGUUUAAAGAAUGGAAGCUUGCUGGCAGCGUAAAUGUAAUGAUAACAUAGGGUCGAGUACGUUUGACUGAAGAACUGCAUUCAUAAAUGAAGCAAGAGUUAACAAUACUUUUUCACCCCAUUUGUGUGACAAUUGCCACUGUGUGAAAAAAACUAUUGACAGGAACAAAAUGUCUUCUUUUAAUCCAGUUAACUGUGCAGCAAAAAUUUUCUUUCCAUGAAACAGGUAUACUAACAAAUCGGUCGUCUACGCAAUUUCUGUUUCAUUUGUCUGUCUGUCUGUAGCUGAACCUCCGACAGUGGUAGCCUGUGUCGCUGUUACAAAAAUAUUCGAUAUCGAUACAUAUUUCUAUGAGGUGAACGCUGAUCAUGGUUCCUGGCCUGCUGAUGGCUUCUGCCGCGUUAUUUCACAAGUGGAGAUUAAUGAUGGUGAACCGUAUACAAUGACAGUUGAAAUCACGAAUGUGGUUGGAGUGGAUGGCGUGAACUCUGGACACCCUGGAGUGAUGUACAACGUCAUCGACGAAAACAAUUUCGACGUUGUUUACUUCAGACCACACAGACAAGACAUCUGCUUCCAACUCGGGUACGUUUUAAAUGGAGCGUGGUCAGGAUCUGCCUCAGGCUCCUGUCCCAAUGGCAGUCCAAGCGGCGGAGUUUGGUUCACUGUCCGUGUUGAAGUCUCUUCAGACAAAAGCGUCAAUAUCUACCUCAACAAUGAUCUUGUGACGUCACUGACAGCUCAUUUUAACGCAAAAGGCCGCGGAGGGGUGCUGGUUGCCAAUGGAUAUCAGAAUAUAAUCCUGUUUAGAGGAUUUGACAUAACCAAAAACGUGUAAAUCUUUUUUCUAUUAUUUUUAGUCUAUUCUGUCACAUACCAUUGACUACACUAUAAACCAAACUACAGUAAACUGUACUAAAAAAGCAAGCUUGUGUAAGAUGAUCAAACGUGAAUGAGGAUGAAUUCAAACGAAGCCAAACUUGAAUACUGGGUUAGUAGCCGUAGGUUAGCUGAGAACUCAGUUACAGUGAAAACAGUUGUAGAAUAAUAUGGAAUAUUAUUAUAUGGCUGUGUCUCACGAGGACUGGGAAC